AUGACUGACAAAUCUCAAUUUGAACUGGGGCAUCAAAUCCCUGUCCACCACCAGGAGAAGCCAGGAUGGCAGCACAAGAUCCCUGGUCCUAAGCCGGUCUCGGACAUGAUCCCAACGGACGAAGGCGGAUGUCAAUUGUAUAAAGCUGCAGGAAAACUGCAAGGCAAACGUGCUGUGAUUACUGGUGGAGACUCCGGUAUUGGCAGAGCCAUUGCCGUUCUCUACGCAAUGGAAGGAGCCUCGAGUCUUAUCGUCUAUCUCGAGCCUGAAGAGAAAGACGCACAAGAGACGAAACAACAUGUCGAGAAAUAUGGCGCUAAAUGCUACCUUUUCCCCACUGAUCUUCGCAAGAAAGUAAAUUGCAAGGCAGUGAUUGAUAAGGCGGUCGAGCAGCUUGGUGGUAUAGAUAUCUUGGUCAACAAUGCCGCUUUUCAGAACAUGCUGCCAGACAUCAAGGACCUGUCAGAAGAGCAAUGGCUGAAGACCUUCGACACCAAUAUUCAUCCUUACUUCUUUCUGUCCAAAUAUGCAUUGCCGCAUCUCAAACGAGGUUCGACUAUUAUCAAUUGUGCUUCAGUGAACCACUACAUUGGAAGAGGAGAUUUGCUUGACUAUACAUCUACCAAAGGUGCCAUUGUUGCUUUCACAAGAGCAUUGUCUAAUCAGCAAGUCGGUAAAGGUAUCCGGGUCAAUACUGUCUGUCCUGGUCCGAUAUGGACGCCCUUGAUCCCAUCGACAAUGACAACAGAAGCGAUGGAACAGUUCAGCGGUGUCCCUAUGGGUCGUCCAGGGCAGCCCAGCGAGGUGGCCACCUGCUUCGUGUUUUUGGCAAGUGCUGAUAGCAGCUAUAUGUCUGGACAAUCCUUACAUCCCAACGGAGGUGUGGUUGUUGGUAGCUAG